CUUUAAUAAUUUGUAUAUUUCAUAUAACUUUAUAGACUAAUUAAUAUUUACUUUAAUUUAUAAUAUUAUCAUUUUUUGAUUGACUGGUUAUUAAGCAGAAGUUGAAAAUUGCAUUUUGCAUUUUGCAUUUUGCAUUUUCCUGUAUGUGCCCGUAAAGCGCAAUUUAAAUUUAUUUAUCUACCAUAUCCCGGCCUUGUAUAUUUCUUUUCCCUUUCCUUUCUCUUCUCUUCUUUUCUCUUCUCUUCAUUCCUUGUCUUAAAUUUUCUUUUCUCGUUCACUGAUAUCCUUACCCUUUCUAGCACUAUAGAUCAUGUCGAGAUUCAUCCAAGUAGUUAGGGUUUCACCUGUGAGAUCAGCUUCUACUUUGGGUAUUAAUAGUAGACGAUUCUUUGCAUCAAAAUUUGGUACUGAGAUCACUCCAUCACCUCCACGUUUACCUAAAGAGGAACAAGAAGAAUUUGAAAAAUUACAAUCUAUAGCUAAUUCUCAAAUAGCUAUUGAAGAAUACAAUGAUCAAAUUAAAGCUUCAGGUACUCAUUCAAGUGAAGCACCAACACUCAUUACCAAUCCACCAAAAUUGAGUUCAGAUAUUGGAAGUUUCCAAACCCUUAAGACUAUACCUGAAUUUGAAGGUGAGGUGAAUCCAAAAACUGGUGAGGUUGGUGGUCCAAAGCAGGAUCCAUUAAGACACUCCAAUGAAUGGGCCUUUAAUGGUAGAGUUACUGAUUUUUAACAGUACUAAAACAUUUGGUCCGGAAAAACAUAUCCGAAUUUGUAUAUAGUUUUCAAUAGAAAUAAUUCAAUAAAUGUCAUUUUACGUAUAGUGUAUCGUAUAUCGUAUAUCGUAUAACAUCAUUCCAGUAAAUUUCAGAUUCAUAUUAAUCCGAUAAUUAUAAAAUGGUUGCAGAUUUUUGGCGUUUUGUACAAUCUUACCUAAAACGGUUGUUCCGUAUCGGUCACCUCGAAAAAGUCAAAUAUCAGAGCUUGCAAAAUUUUUGAUUGGUAGUAUUAAUUUAGAUAU